UUAAUUAUACAGUUGUACCUACCUGUAAAAAACCAAAUCAACCUAAUUUCUGUUUAUUAAUCCAUCGUUCAAUAAUUCAAAUUGUCGUUGACUCAUAAUUACUACCGCGAUCUAAUUGUUCGUCUUUUUCCCGUCUAAGCUUCUGAAUCUAUCAUUUCUCUCGUUCGGUUAGGCCAUUAAAUUCGGAAAAGGGGGAAAAUGGAGACGGAAAUCGAAUCGAAUUCAACGAAUCGUUUUAAGCUAUGGAGCGAAUUAGAGUUACAAGAGUUCACCGACAAAUUCGUGAUAAAAUCCAUGGAAUCGCCGGAAGAAGGAUUCUCUAUCAGCCGAUCCGACGGAACCAUUGACAACCUUAAUGGUGACGAUUCUUCUGAGGUUCCUUCUAAAGUCUCGACCGUAUAUGGGGUUGCUGGAACAAUUAGGUUGCUGGCAGGUACAUAUAUACUAGUUAUAACUUCUAGGAAGGAAGUUGGAACUUAUCUUGGUUUUCCUGUUUUCCUGGUGACAUCAAUGAAAACCCUGCCCUGCAACGAAACUUCAAGAUUCUUAACCAAUGAAGAGAAAAAAGACGAAGCUUACUUCAUGACUCUGUUGAAGAUAGUAGAAUCAACUCCAGGCUUGUAUUAUUCUUAUGGAACAGAUAUAACAUUGAACUUGCAGAGGAGAUCCAAGCUGGCAAAAGGAUGGAUGAGCAAACCAAUUUGGAAGCAGGGUGACCCUCGAUUUGUUUGGAAUAGGAACUUAUUGGAAGAUCUUAUUGAGAACAAGCUUGAUGGAUUUGUUAUCCCUUUAUUACAAGGAAGCUUUCAGACUGGAGAAAUGAAGCUGGGAAAAUCACCUGCUGUUAUAAAACUAUUUUCACGGAGGUGUACAAGGCGCCUAGGGACAAGAAUGUGGAGAAGAGGAGCCAACCUUGAGGGAGAUACUGCUAAUUUCAUUGAAACUGAGCAGCUGCUUGAAUUUGGAGAUCAUAUUUCCUCUUUUCUUCAGGUUCGGGGGUCAAUUCCACUACUAUGGGAGCAAAUCGUUGAUUUGAGCUAUAAACCACGACUCAAUAUAAUUAAUCAUGAGGAUACAUCAAAAGUUGUGGAACGCCAUUUUAAUGAUCUAUUAAAAAGAUAUGGAGGAUGCAUUGUGGUUGACCUGACGAAUCAGCAAGGAGAUGAAGGUUUGUUAAGUAAAGCUUAUGCUGAAGAAAUGCACAAACUUCCAAAUGUGAGAUAUGUUUCUUUCGACUUCCACCACUCAUGUGGCAACGGGAACUUUGAUAACAUAGAACUUCUGUACAAAGAAAUUUCAGAAGACUUUGAGAAUCAAGGAUACCUCAUUUUAGAUCCGGAAGGGAAGAUUCUAGCAGAACAGAAAGGAAUAAUUAGAUCUAACUGCAUCGAUUGCCUUGACAGAACAAAUGUUACACAGAGCUACCUAGCACAGAAGUCUUUGAAUUCUCAGCUACAGAAACUUGGUGCACUUUCUUCAGAGGAAACUCUUUCUAUGUUUAUUGAAGAUUUUGAACUUUUUAAGACUUUGUGGGUCGAGCAUGGGGAUGAGAUAAGCCUCGAGUACUCUGGAACACAUGCACUUAAACGGGACCUUGUGAGAUAUGGCAAACAGACAAUGUCUGGCAUUAUCAAAGAUGGAAUGAGUGCAAUCUCAAGAUAUUUCUUAAAUAAUUUUCAAGAUGGCCUUCGACAGGACGCUAGUGAUCUUAUCAGUGGCCGCUACACUGUGAACAGAAACGGUUCCUCUCCUUUAAGCCCCAAAGGAUUCGAGUCCAUCUCCUACCUUCCUGUGGCAUCGGCUUUAGUAAUCGGGGGAUUAACGGUGACAUCAAUCACAUUAAACCAAGCGGGACGAAACGCACAGCACUUGCUAUCUUCAAUGGUGUGCGCUGGCCUAACAGCAGGAUUGAUGGCAUUGAUUAAAAGCAACGGAAGGCAAAUUUGUUCGAGGCCUCGCUUGUGUGGUCUGUUGUAGGCUACACUUCUGGAAAUUUGUAUGAUAUAUUUAUUUAUAGGAUAAUAUUUGAACAAUGUUUAUUACCUGGAGUUGUGGUUCUUUGUGUGCAUAGAAGUAAAAUGAAUUAGUUAAUGAGAAAUAAAUUGUUUGUGAAUAGUCUGCAAAACACUUGGCAACUUUGGGUUUCUGUAUUUUAACUGAUGGCAUGAGUUCCAAUUGGGAGAGCCAUAUUCUUUUAUUGCACUUGGAUCCAUACUAUUUUAUUUAUU